CGAUAACGGGAUAUGAAUUACACACAAGCAGAAAGCAAAGCCAACCUAAACACUACGCAUAAUAGUUUAUCUUCCAUUUUGCUUGCUUUAUAUAUCAUCGUCUUCACUCCUUAUACACCAGAAAUACAGUAAAGCUAAAAUGUUAGGGUUCUUAGUAAGAAGUGCAAAAUCCAGCUCAGUAUCAUCUCCAUAUCGAUGGCGUUCAUCAAUCAGCUCCACCCAGAUGAUGUAUUCAAGCAAUCGCGAUUACGGCACCCAGCCGCAAGGACACAAUGUCCUUCCCGAUGGUAUCGACCGGACUUCCGAUUCAUUUAUUCGAAACUCGAAGGAAAUGGAAUCUGUCAUUUCUCAACUUCACUCUCGUAUCAAUCAGGUUACCCAAGGUGGAGGAGCAGCAGCUAUAAAGAGGCAUAAAAGUAGGAACAAACUGCUUCCAAGGGAGAGAAUCGAUCGGUUACUGGAUUCUUCUUCUUCGUUUCUUGAGCUUUCCCAGCUUGCAGGCCACGAAUUAUAUGAAGAAUGUCUUCCAUCUGGAGGUAUCAUAACUGGCAUAGGACCAAUACAUGGAAAACUCUGUAUGUUCAUUGCAAAUGAUGCAACAGUCAAAGGAGGCACAUACUAUCCCAUUACAGUCAAGAAACAUCUCAGAGCUCAAGAAAUUGCUGCUAAAUGCAGAUUACCAUGUAUAUAUCUUGUUGACAGUGGUGGUGCUUUUCUUCCAAAACAAGCUGAUGUUUUCCCAGAUAAAGAUAAUUUCGGUAGAGUAUUUUACAACCAAGCCCUCAUGUCUUCCCAAGGUAUUCCCCAAAUUGCCCUUGUAUUAGGUUCUUGCACAGCAGGUGGGGCCUACAUACCUGCCAUGGCUGAUGAAAGUGUCAUGGUUAAAGGAAAUGGCACCAUUUUCUUAGCAGGCCCACCACUAGUAAAGGCUGCUACUGGUGAAGAAGUAUCUUCUGAAGAUCUUGGAGGUGCAGAUGUUCAUUGCAAGAUAUCAGGUGUUUCAGAUUAUCUUGCUCAAGAUGAACUUCAUGCACUAUGUAUAGGAAGAAACAUUGUUAAGAACUUACACAUGGCUGGGAACGAAGGGGUAAUCCGUAAUUUACAAGGCAUGAUUUCUGAUUACAAAGAGCCAUUGUAUGAUGUGAAGGAGCUUCAAUCAAUUGCCCCUACAGACCUAAAACAGUCAUUUGACAUUCGAUCACUUAUUGCUCGCAUAGUUGAUGGAAGUGAAUUCGAUGAAUUCAAGCAAUUGUAUGGCACUACACUUGUAACAGGAUUUGGUAGAAUUCUUGGACAACCAGUGGGAUUCAUGGUUGGAUCAAAAUCAGAGGCAAAUGGUAUAGCAAAGGCAGGAGCAAAGAUGGUAAUGGCUGUUUCAUGUGCAAAGGUACCGAAGAUUACUAUUGUUGUUGGAGGAAGCUUUGGGGCUGGAAACUAUGCAAUGUGUGGGCGGGCAUAUAGUCCGGAUUUUAUGUUCUUCUGGCCGAAUGCCAAAAUAGGUGUGAUGGGUGGUGCUCAGGCGGCUGGGGUGAUGUCUGAGAUAGAAAAAAGCAAGAAGAAAAAGGAGGGAAUCCAGUGGUCAAAGGAGGAUGAAGAGAAGAGUAAGGCGAAAUUUAAUGAGGCGUAUGAUAAGGAAAGCAGUGCGUAUUAUUCGACGCGGAUCCUGCUGACACUCGCAAAAUCUUAG